AUGUACUCUCACACCAUCGAUCCUCUUCCUUCUUACAACAACGACAUGCCUAUCUUCAACCUGGCCAUGACCCUCAUCUGGGGGGCAGCCGAGCUUCUCAUCUCUAUUGGCUUCAUCACUGCAUUCUCAUUCAUAGUCUGCUAUGGCUUCGGUGCCUGCAUGGAACCCAAACAGAGCGCCAUCGACGAGCCCGAGUCCGAGCUGCCCUCGAAAGAGAACACUGCUUCUAUCUUCAUGUCCGCCAUGCUGAGCGGCUUCCACGUCACUUUCGUCUUCUUCGGACUCCCAUUAUUCGGUCACGCAGCCGACUCUUUCGUCAUGCGUCUCAUCUACUCCACCGCCAUCAUUUCAGCCUUGACGACCGGCGUCGCCCUCAGCACCAUCGUUGUUUACCUCGUCGCACCAGUCAUCUCCGCUUGCUGGAACGGCAUUGCCAGAUGCUUCAGAAAGACUCCUGCCCAGGACCAACAAGAUAUCGAGGCCCAGCACGAGUCCGAAGCUUUUAUCGACGAGAAGAAGCUCAUUCCCGAGGUUGAGUGA